AUGGGCCGGAACAAGUGGCACAGAUCGCUUACUAAAGCGGAGAGGAAGCGAGCGAAAGAGGGAACAACGCUCUUCCAUUCAAAUAAUAAGGGGGAGGAGACAGAGCAACGUGGUGAAUCAGACGUAAGCAACAGUCACUGUGAAGUUGUCAAUGACGGCCUUGUCCGGGCCGGGACAGUCCGGCGGCGCCGCAGUCACAGCCAGACGUCUAAUAAUUCCUGGGUCCACGCGGUCGGUUUCGUCAUACUCGCGGCGAUCGUCAUCUCGUGGGCGCUCGGGUACUAA